CAUCACUCAACACAACACGCAAACACUAUCCCCAAUCCCUUUUUCUACGCGGAGAAGGGAACGGCGCUGUUCUCAUCUCUCACGGUGGUUCUCGCUGCCGUGCACGGUGCUUCUCCGAUCAAUUUCCGAUUCCGGUUUCACCUGCAUUGUUUACUUCUACUGUCCGUACCAAGAUGGUUGCCCAGAACUUUGUAGUUGAUUUGGAUAAGCCCCUUGUUUUCCAGGUUGGACAUCUUGGUGAGGCUUAUGAAGAGUGGGUUCAUCAGCCCAUUGUUAGCAAGGAAGGUCCCCGUUUCUUUCAAAAUGAGGUUCUGGAGUCCUUGACCCUCACUGUCUGGUGGGCAAUACCAGUUAUUUGGCUUCCAGUUGUAUGUUGGUUUGUAUAUAACUCUAUACAAAUGGGCCUCAGCUGUCCACAUAUAGCUCUGAUGGUGGUUCUUGGCAUUUUUGUGUGGACAUUGCUUGAGUAUACAUUGCACCGUUUUCUUUUCCACAUUAAAACAAAGACCUACUGGGGGAAUACCAUACAUUAUCUUCUACAUGGAUGCCACCACAAACACCCCAUGGAUGGUUUGAGACUUGUUUUCCCUCCUACUGCAACAGCUAUAUUAUUGUUCCCGUUCUGGAACGCGGUGAAGCUCUUUUCCACCCCUUCAACUACUCCUGCGUUAUUUGGCGGCGGCUUAUUGGGUUAUGUAAUAUAUGAUUGCACCCAUUAUUACUUGCACCAUGGUCAGCCAAAGACUGAACAUCCCCGAAACCUGAAGAAGUACCACUUGAACCAUCACUUUAGGAUCCAAGAUAAAGGAUUUGGGAUCACUUCAUCACUUUGGGAUAAAGUUUUUGGAACACUUCCUUCCUCAAAAGCGGAUGCUAAAAGCAUGUAAAUUUACUGUUAGGGAUAGCAUAUGUUGGUUGGUUAAAAUAAUAGAAAAUUCAGAAAGUCCUCUUUUAUCUGUCUAAUUAUUUAUUUUGCUCCACAAUUGAUGUUUGCGGGGUUAGCUUGCCAUUUUUCGUCAAUUUUUUGGUGUCAAAGUUCUCCAAUUGUGAACACACUGUAAAGUAGAAUAUGUUAUCAGGUUUGUGGUGGAAAUGUAUAUUUCUUUUUACUGUGAC